GAAAGUAAAACUGGAGGAAAGCCAGGAGCACGUUUGCAUUCACUGACCUGUGUCGCUUAUAUUUGAACUUAUUUGAUUUCUCUUCGUCUCCGGAAUGCUGUCGAUUAUUGUCGUGGUGAAUCUCCUCAUAGAGACUUCAGUGUCGUUCACUGUAGUGGUUCCUGGUGAUCCUAUAGCGGCUCAUGUGGGAUCCACAGUGAUUGUUCCCUGCUGGAUCUCUCCUCCUGAGAACGCUGAAGCUCUGGAGAUCCGCUGGUACCGUCACGAUCAGUUCAGCAACCCUGUUCUGCUCUAUAAUCAUGGGAAGAUCCAGGACGUCCAGGAGGAACCGUACAGGAACCGAACCUCUUUGGCUCUGCGGUCAGAUCAGUCUGGUGGACUGAAGGAUGGAGACGUCUCUCUACGGCUGGAGAAACUCACAUUUCAGGAUGAAGAUUCAUUUCACUGUUACGUGAGUGGAGAAAGUUCAUAUGACAGCCGAGAAGUGGUUCUCAAAAUCACAGCUUUAGGAUCCGCUCCUGUCCUGUUUCCAAAGCCUCUAGAUGAUGGGCGUGUGAACAUCAGCUGCAGGUCCAGCGGCUGGUAUCCAAAGCCCAGCGUCUCGUGGACGUCAGAUGAUGGAAGGGCUCUCCGUCCUGGAGGAUCGUCUCACAGUCGUGGAGCAGAUGAGAUGUUCUCUGUCCACAGCUGGACGGCCGUCUCUCUCUCAGACGCUCAACUGGUCUCAUGUUCAAUCUCUCUCAGAACUGGAGAGUUAAAAGAAGGAAGACUGAACAUACAGGGCAUCGUGUCUUCAGAUUCAUCAGGUCCAUGGAAGGCUCUUUUCUUCUUUGUUCUCACCUGUGCUCUUCUGUUUGGUUGUUUGGUUGGCCUGAUCCUCUACAAAUACAGAGAGAAACUAACAGGAAAUAAACCAGCUAAAGAAAUUUGUGAGGAGGAAACUCUGGAGAGACUGACAAAAGAAGUUGUGGGAGACAUAAAUAUAGAAGAACUGAGGAAACAUGCAGUUGAGAUCACUAUUGACCGUGAGCAUUUACAUCCAGAUCUGAAGCUUUCUAAGGACUGUAAAACCGUGAGGGACAGUAAAGAUUAUCAUCACACUGGAGAGGGAUUUCCAUUUCAAUUUUGUGCAUUUGGAGCCCAAAGAUUCACCUCUGGUCGUCACUAUUGGGAGGUAGAGCUGGCACAAACAAAUACACCUCCCAAAAACUACUGGUUAAUUGGUGUGGUGAAACAUGGACAUUUUACUACAAGAGACAGAUCUGCUUUAACUCCAUCAGCUGGUUUCUGGUUCUUGUGUUCAGACGGUCCUCAUGGCUUUUACACCAACACUGAACCACCAGUUAAACUCUCACUGACACCGAGACCUGAACGACUGGGAGUUCUGUUAGAUUAUGAUGAGGGUCUGCUGUCAUUUUACAACGUCAAAGAGAGUAAACAUCUCCUGACCAUCAGCAGCAGAUUCUCUGGAUCAGUCGGUCCUCUCUUCAAUCCUGGUGCAGGUGAUCUGAGUCCGAUUAUGAUCCUGGAUUGUCCAGAACCUGUAGAAUCAGCUGUAGAAUUAGCUGCAGAGUCCAGUGAUAAUCCAGAACCUGUAGAAUUACCUCAAUCCAGUCAACCUUUACUGAGUAAUAACAGCUCAGACGCCUGACUGACUAAUACAGUUUAAUUAGAAGGACAUACAUGCAUAAAAAAUACCUGAUGCAUGAAAACCUACAAACUACAAAAAUCUAUUAAAAUUUACUGGUAUGGCUCAGACAACAUAAUUUUUAAGAGUAGGUUUGAUUCCCAGUGGUCAUGCAUAAUCAAUUCAUCAAUCAAAAGUAAAUUUAUGACAACUUCAUCCAAUCCUACAGUGUCACAUGACAACAUCAAAUCAAAGUGCAGCACAUUUGAAACCUAAAUUAAACGAUACUCCUAAUCAAAAUAACUAAACAACUAACACAGCCAGUGUAGGGGUUUUAUUUUUUAAUCAUCCGAUGUAACACAAACGUGAUGCAAACAACAUGGGAGCCAGUCCUAACCAAAAUGUGUGCAUGGAGGUGUGUGUGAAAACGUCUGCCUAUAGUAGCUACAACAACAGGGGUAAAGACCCUGGAGGAAAAUGAUGGUAAAAUACGUUUUUGAACCUUUACAAUUAAUCCAGAACGCAGCAGCAAGAUACAUUUUUAACGAGCUGAAAAGAACGC